AUGAAGUACUGUGGUGUCUACGAUAACGCUCUGGAUAGUGAGAAUUUCAAUGUCGCUAAGGGCUUCAAAUACCACCAAGGAUCCGUUAAUGCAUUUACAGCCCACAUAAACAUUUCUUAGUAGAUAGGAACUGUACUUUGCCAAGAAGAUGGGAGAUCUACGACAAGACUGUUAACCUAGUGAAGAAUGUCCUCUCUAGGCAUAACAUCCACUUGGAGAGGUAAGUCACAAGCCAAAGAACUUAAGUGACUGCACAUACUAUAACGUUCUCAAUUUUUACGUUUUAACGGUAAGUGACCAAAAUGGUUUUGAAAAUGCUCUCAGGAUGGAAUUUCUUUCUAGUCAGAAGUAUAUUACAUUUUUUCAUUGUUUCACUCAAUUGAUAUGAUUGAUUAUAAUUGUCACAUAAUCAAUAUUUUCUCUUAUCACCCACCAGAUCGUCUUGGGUCUACUUGAGCUGACCAAUGAGAAUGGCCAGUACUGUCCCUUCAGCUGUGAGACCCAGGCCUGGUUUACCACCACCAUACUGGAGGUCCUGUAUGAUCUGUAG